GGCAACAUGUGGAUAAAUGGGACAGGAACGAGUAGACCGUGAGGAUUCUCUAACCCUUGCCCCCGAGUCCCAACCGUCUGAGAGGGUGUCGGACCUCACUGAGGCAAUCCUGGGCCGUUGGCACUAAAAUGUCCCUAAGUGGUGGCACUGCAGGCGGGAAAGGUGUGGACUCUAAUGCGGUGGACACUUACGACAGCGGGGAUGAGUGGGAUAUCGGUGUUGGAAAUCUGAUUAUCGACCUUGACGCUGACUUAGAGAAGGACAAACUUGAGAUGUCUGGCACCAAGGACGGCAUGGCGGCACCGCCCAGUGCAGUGGCAGCGUUGCCUGACAACAUCCGGUUUGUUAGUCCAGUGUCUGGCUCUCAAGGCAAGGAAAGCAAAUCCAAAUACAAGCGCAGUAAGAACUCUAAAGACAAUAGUAGCAAAGCUUCAGCUGGAGAUGGGGGCAAAAAAGACACUACAGGACGGACUCAAGGGGAGCCGACGGGCACGGCAGCGAGUGCAGGAGCUGCUGGCAACAAUUCCACCUCUGGGAAGAACAUGGAGAAAGGGGGCAAAGCCUCCAGAGGUGUUCUGAGUGGUAAAAAGGAGAAAGAAGGGGCUAAAAGUAAGAAGGACAAAACAGAUGGAGCCCCAGUCGUGGCAAUAGCUGCUGCAGAGAAGGAUGUUGUGUCUCAAGCCCAAGUUGCUUUGGGGAGUAGUCGUAAUACGUCCUUUGAGAACACACAAUCAACAGACUUGGCAGAAGCCAAUCAAAUGGGGAAUAUUGCACUUGAACCUGUUGGGAUAGUACCAGCAUUGACCACAAAAACUGAACCAGAGGAGGUGGAAAAUGGUAAUAGUGAAUGCAAGACGUUAAAGAAGGUGAAAAAUGAAAAGAUGGAAUCUCCCGUCUCCACGCCAGCCCCUCCUCCCCUCCACCUCCUGGCCACAGUAGGCAACAGUGAGAUCGCCUCGCCGUGUGAGCAGAUAAUGGUGCGCACACGCUCAGUGGCGGUGAACACAUCUGAUGUGGCCCUGGCUACUGAACCUGAAUGUUUGGGGCCCUGCGAGCCUGGUACCAGUGUUAAUCUCGAAGGCAUCGUGUGGCAGGAAACUGAAGACGGCAUGCUGGUGGUCAAUGUUACUUGGAGAAACAAGACAUAUGUGGGCACCCUGUUGGACUGUACACGGCAUGACUGGGCUCCCCCCAGGUUUUGUGAAUCCCCUACAAGUGAUCUUGAGAUGAGGAAUGGCCGUGGUCGAGGUAAGCGAAUGAGACCGAAUAGCAACACCCCUAUCAACGAGAACAGCAACUCAUCAGACAACAAGGGCACCACCAACAACAAGACGCGUGCCGCUGCCUCUAACAGCAAGGGCCGGAGGGGUAGCCAGACGCCAUCAGAGCGCCGCACCCCGCCUAACUCCAACACAGAGGACAUCAAGGCCAGUCCCUCCUCAGCUGGAAAACGCAAGACCAAACCAGCCUCAGACAUGGAACCCAAUUCCAGCUCAGAGGACACCAAAGGCAACAAACGUAUGCGGACAAACUCCAACAGUGGAGGGGUGGGACCGGCAGGUCUCCCUAUCCCUUCUAUUAAGACUGAGCCACUUCCACCUCCCCUCGAUCGCAGCUGCCCCUCUCCAGUUCUCAUUGACUGCCCACACCCUAACUGCAACAAGAAGUACAAGCACAUCAAUGGUCUGAAGUACCACCAAGCCCGUGCCCACAAUGAUGAUGAUAUAAAGUUGGAAUUAGAUGGAGACAGUGAAUAUGGAGAGGACUCAACUCUCCACCCUGAACCAGGGAACUGUAAUGGAGCCUCUAUCUCUCAGAAAGGAUGCUUGUCUCCAGCACGUUCGGUUACUCCAAAAGGCAGGAACUUUGAUGCUCAAAGCCCUUCCCCAUCUCCUGGAAAGUUUGGUUCAAAGCAGAGUAAAAAGAAAAUAGCUGAGACCGAUCCAGAAACGGGGGGUACACCGACAGACGGGUGCGAAGAUGGGCUAUGCCUUACUGAUGAGGCCAGUAACGAUGGUAUAGAUGAUAAGAGGGGGUCCAAAAAGGGUAGCACUGGCACAAAGGCUGAUAAAAUGUCCCAGAAAAACAUGAAGUCACCACGGCCCAUAGGCACUGGCUCUACAACAUCCCAACAGAUGUAUUCUUUUCCUCCUGGAAACCCAAAUUCUUCCCCGGGGCUUACCCCAAUGAUACAAGGAAUCCCCAAGAGUCCCCAAAUGAAAGGCACACAGCCUAAACCUCCUGCCAUUGGAGACCCUGCUUCGAGUAGCUCCAAAGACAAGAAGAAGAAAGACAAGAAGAAAAAAGAUGGGGGGAAGGAGGCUGACAGCCCCAAACCUCCGGGAAAGGGAGGAAAACUGGAGGAAGGAAAGCUUCCGUACUCUGAACCUUGUGAUCAGGGAAAUAAAGGGGAAGGACUCCUCAAUGGUUCCUCAGAUCCACAUCAGAGUCGCUUGGCCAGCAUCAAGGCUGAGGCUGACAAGAUUUACAGCUUUUCUGACAAUGCCCCUAGCCCAUCCAUUGGUGUAGCCAGUCGGAUAGAUGGCAGUGGAAUGCCACAGCCUCUCACGCCGCUUCACGUGGCGAACCAGAAUGGUGCUGAUAACUCUUCAGUCAAAACCAAUAGCCCAGCAUAUUCAGACAUUUCAGAUGCUGGUGAGGAUGGUGAAGGGAGACUUGAAGGUGUCAAAGUCAGGACAGAGGACCAAGCCAUCAGGGAAAGUGUCAAAAAAGCGCUGUUUCCGAACCAGACACCCAGCAAAGAUUAUCCCAACUAUCCCAACUAUGACACUUAUUACUCACCCAAUUACGUCAACCCCAGUCCUAGCGGGCCCAAUCCAGGCACACCAGUGGCUGAAGGUCAGGUUAAGAUAAAAAAGGAAGAUGACCAGGACCAAGGUGAGGAAAAAGUCAAGGUUGAGGUCCAUGAAGACCGCAAACCUGACAGUAGUGGUCCUGGCCAGCAGCAGCAGCAACAACAACAGCAGCAGCAACAGCAACAACAACAACAGCAGCAACCCUCAGUCAUCCAACAGCGAUCCAACAUGUACAUGCAGCCUCUUUACUACAACCAGUAUGCUUAUGUCCCGCCGUAUGCAUACCAUCCCGAUCAAGCCUACCAUAACCACUUGAUGAACACCAACCCAGCCUAUCGGCAACAGUACGAGGAGCGGCAGCGACAGAUGGCUGAACAGCAUCGUGCUGCUGAAAAGAAGUCAGACGUAGCCAUAAAAGAACGAGAGGCCUCCAUGAAGGAGGAGUGGAAACAAAAAAGCCCCAUGCCACCAAGCCUCUCCAAAGCCCCAAGUCAGUCAGACCUUGGAAAGACGUCGCAGCCCUCAAGUAAAUCCAGGGACUCGCCAUCUGAGCCCUCCUCCAAAUCCCUGGGAAUAAAGGUGGAGGACCCAAAGUCCCAGCAAGCCGAGGGGCUGAAGAUGAAGCUGACCGAAGGGGGCCACCAUGGAAAGGAAGACUCCAAGCAAGCACUGGAGUCCAGAGGUCAGGCAGGGAUGGAGCAGGCUAUGUGGUACAGACAGCAGUAUCCCGAGAGCCAGAAGCCCCAAGCAGAAGAUGAGCACCAGCAACAACCACCUCGAUGGAAAGAUGAAAGGGACAGAGAACGGGAGCGCGAUCGUAAAUUAAAGGAUGACAGGCCCAGGCCCAAGGACAGUCAAAGUGGGCCCAAGGAGGACAGCAAAGAGGGUAGUGAUCCCAGGAUCACUUCUGAGGAACACCGGGCCAUGAGCAAAGACUCUCGUUCUAAUCCUCACAUGCAGUUCUCAUCACCACUAGCACAGCACCAAGGCUACAUGCCCUAUAUGCAUGGUUACCCCUAUGGACAAGGCUAUGACCCCAACCACCCUGGAUACAGGGGCAUGCCCACAGUCAUGAUGCAGAAUUACCCAGGUUCGUACCUACCCGGAGGCUAUCCAUUUUCUCCAUAUGGCAGUAAAAUAGCCGGAGGUGAGGAAGGUAGCGACAAAUCUCGCGCUAGCCCUACUGUCACCAAAACAGCAACGGACUCCAAAGCCCUGGAUAUCCUGCAUCAGCACGCCAGCCAAUACAAGAGCAAAUCCCCAACAGUAGGUGACAAGCCACCCCAUGACAGGGAGAGGGAGCAGGACCGAGGAGCUGGUGGAGACAGAGAUCGGGAAAGGGAGCGUGAGCGGGAAAGAGAAAGAGACGUGGACCGACCACGAUCCUCACCCUCCCAGCGCAUGAUGCCCUCUCACCACCACCUGGGAUACCCCCUGCAAUACGACCUGUCAUACGCCACAGGUCUCUCCUCAUCAGCUAUUGUUGCCAGCCAACAAGCAGCAACCCCCACCCUCUACCCACCACCACGGAGGUGAGAACGGGAAACCUGACCGUCACACCUCAACCCUGCAAAGAUUCAUGUGACUGGCUCACAUGAGAAGAAAAUCUCCCGGGUGUUACCUUUUAGACAUCAGUUGAAUGGUGUUUCUAUCUAUAUUUUUAGUUCUUCUGCCCCACGGAUAGGCAGAUUGUCGACUCUUUUUCUUUUUUUUUUUCCCCCUCCCCUCGUAAGUGACCCCAAAUUUUCCAGACCUUGGACUGUAACAGGACUGAUAGUAACCCAGGUUCAAAGCCAUCACUCUGCCUCAUCACGCAGAGGAAACACCAACCCGCUGAUUAUCUAGUCUUUGCACUGUCAACAAAUACAAUGCAAAAAGAGACAAUUGGACUGCCAGAAAAGCUUUUUUCUUGUUGUUAUUAUUUGUUUUUUCUUUUUUCAUUGACUGCAUUGUUUUUUGUCACACGCAGAAAGAAAUUGGCAGGGGAUGUUGGGUGGCUGAUGGGGGGGAAAGGGGAGUCAAACUAAAUUAAAGACUGAAAAAAAAAGUGAAUCAUAUUGAAAUGAUUUCAACUCUAUGUCUUUGGCUUAUUGUACGCCGUGAAACAACAGUAUAUCCUUAACUUGACAAAUGUUUGGCUAUAUUUCGUGGGGAGAGGGAAUAUGGCAACAGCUGCUUUCUUCAGAGACUUAAGAGCCUGAGACUGAAGUUUUUUAAUUUUCCAUCGUCAUUGUUGAUUCCCAUCCUCUUUUGAACCCUCAGUUCUUGUUUCAGGGAUGAUGUCGUCAUGUUUUGCGAAGGGACCGCGCACACCUCAAUGGAGAAUAAACACUAUUCAUGUUUUCUUUUCUCAGAAAAUACCGUACUCCAUAUCAUUGUGUUCAUCCUUGAAUGUGUCUAAAGCUGGUAUUACUCCUGUUUUUCCUCACAAUGAAAGGGUCACAUCUAUCUUUCCACUCACUCAAACGGUGAAGCCACAUUAGCGAGCGAUGCGUUCACCGGUGGGGGGGUGUCAUCACCGCAUUAGGCCACUCUGUGGGUGUUUCUGUGUUUUUACUGUAAGAUUUGUGCUUUGUUCAGCUCGUCAAGUUUGAUCGUUUUUCUGUAAACAAUGUGAAACUUCACUCAGCUCAUGUAUUUUUCUGCUGUAAUAUAGACUUUUAGCCUACGUUUAUGUGCAUAAAUGUUUAUAUUUAUCCCAGCACGCAACUGUUUAAAAACCUUCACUGUUAAAUAGCUUUGGCCUUGACAGCGUUUAACGUUAUGUGCUCAGAUGAUUUAUGCUGCAGAGUCCCUAAACAUCUCACUGUGCUUCUUCUUCUUUGCCCCAGCUUUGGUCAUCUUGCUGCAGAUUCUUUUUUUAAUUUUUUUAUGUGAUUUACCUUUUAAACUUGGUUCACAUCUCCAUUCAUCCCAGCAUGCAGUGUGCUAUCAGACUGGUUCCAGACCUCUGAGUGUUUCCAGCGAUUCACCAGCAACUCAAACUGACAAUUCAGUCAGUCAGUGAAAACAAAACAGUGAAUCAGUUUGAGUUUGAGGCUAUUGUGUCAAAGGUUGAACAUUUCUCUCGGUGCUUCGCUUGCUCGUGUGGCUUCACCAUAACACACAUUCACCUCUCACAGCUCUUAGCAUGGUUUUCUUACAAGCAGCAAGCUUUGGAUCAGUCCCAGUCUGGGCCAAUGAGUCUGAUACGUCAGACACCAGGUUACUUUUUUCAGUUGCUGUGAGGUCAACUACUGGCACAUUAAACUGCAUGAAAUGACUCCGAACGUCUUUCAGCCGUUACUGUUACAGAUCAAACAUGAACCAUUCAGAUGCAGGUCAAUGAGGUAAAAAAAAAAAA